CUCGCCGCCCUGCUCCUGCCCUGCCUGCUCGGCGCCCCCGCGCCCCCGGGCCCCCGCCGCCACAAGGCGCUGGAUGGGGCUCGAAAACACCACACCUGGAAAGAACAGAACCCCUGGGUUUCCCCCUCAGUUAACACCUUGGAGUCAGGAGUCCCCUCCAAGGGCUUCUCCCAGAGCACCGAGGGACAGGCGGCGCACUGGAACCCACCCCGCUGCGGCGUGCCCGAUGUGCCCAUCCUGCCAGAUGGCCAGAACGGGCGGAACCGACAAAAGCGGUUUGUCUUGUCUGGAGGGCGCUGGGACAAGACGGACCUCACCUACAAGAUAAUCAGAUUCCCUUGGCAACUGGUGAAAAGUAAAGUGAGACGCACAGUUGCAGAAGCCUUGAAAGUAUGGAGCGAUGUGACACCACUGACCUUCACUGAAGUGCAGGAGGGCCGAGCCGACAUAGUCAUUGAUUUCACAAGGUACUGGCAUGGUGAUAACCUGCCUUUUGAUGGGCCAGGAGGGAUCCUGGCCCAUGCGUUCUUCCCCAAGACCCAUCGUGAGGGAGAUGUCCAUUUCGACUAUGACGAGACCUGGACCAUUGGGAACAACUUGGGGACUGACCUUCUGCAAGUGGCUGCUCAUGAAUUCGGCCAUGUCCUGGGCCUCCAGCACACAGCUGUCUCCAAGUCACUGAUGUCCCCCUUCUACAUCUUCCGCUACCCACUGAGCCUGAGUGAGGAUGACAAGCAAGGCAUUCAGUACCUCUAUGGGAAACCAGAGCUUGAGCCAGAACCAGCCCCAACCCCAACCCCAACCCCAACAACAGAGCCACCCCAGCCAGACAUUGAAACAAAUGAGAUCACCAAUGAGGAGUCUGUGCACCCAGAUGCCUGCGACACAGAUUUCGACGCCGUUUCUACCAUCAGGGGGGAGCUGUUCUUUUUCAAGUCUCGCUACGUGUGGCGGCUCCGGGGGGGAAAGCUGCAAGCCGGCUACCCCGCCCUGGCUUCCCGCCACUGGCAGGGGAUCCCAAGCUCUGUCGACGCAGCCUUCGAGGAUCCUCUAGGAAAUAUCUGGUUCUUCCAAGGCCCUCAGUACUGGAUUUAUGAUGGUGAGAGACGUGUCUCUGGCCCUGCACCUAUCAUGGAGCUAGGCCUUUCUACUUCUCCCGUCCAGGCAGCCUUGAUGUGGGGGACUGAAAAGAAUAAGAUUUACUUCUUCAAGGGAGGCAAUUAUUGGCGCUUCAACCCUAGCGCCCGCCAGGUGGACAAUGUCUACCCACGCACAAUGGCUGACUGGCGUGGCAUCCCUCAGGAGAUUGAUGCUGCUUUCCAGGAUGAGUCUGGUUUUGCCUAUUUCCUGAGAGGCCGACAUUACUGGAAGUUCGACCCAGUUCAGGUGAAAGUGCUAGAGGGUUACCCACGCCAGAUCAGCCAGGACUUCUUCAGCUGUACGCCUUCCUCCAACUCCUUCCGAUGAAGAAAGGGGUGCUAAUGGCCCCCAGAUUCUUCUCCUGCCUUCACAUAUCACCACCAGUCACCUCAAGAGAUGUCCCACACUCUGACAAAGAAACCCCACUCCUGUCAUGCUCAUCACUUAACACCAUAGGUGGCACAAGUGGCUUGAGGCAGCUGUUGGCCUAAGGUGGAAACCUUAGAUUCCAGGAGUUUGUACUCACAGCUUGGUAUAGACAUUAAAGAUGACUGCAGCCUUGAUGACUACCAGCUGCCUGCAUUAAGGGUUGAGUGGCUGCUCCAAUAUUUUUUUGGCACUGACAUCCUAAAGACAAGAAGCCAACUUGGAAUGGGGUCUGCUUCCAUAAUUAUCUGGACACCAUCCACUUAGAAAAGGGAUUCCACUGGUAUUUCUUUUGUUUACAUUGUGUACAGCGGGGCUUCACUUACUGAUGUUGGCAUCGGUGAGAACAGAUUCCAUCGAUAAUCCUUUCCUUAGCCUUGGCUGGGAGUUUUAACAGUCAGUUGACUAUGUGUUGAGAAAUUCAGAUAUGUGCCCAUGUUGCCAGGGUUACUUCAACAAGAGGGGGUGGGCUCCUGAAUUUCAGCAUCUUGUUCCACGUCUAAUGAUACUUCUGUUUUUGUAUUGCGUUUUAAGUAUGUAUUUUCAUUUUAUAUGGAUUUGUGAAAAUACUACGUACUUUUUUAAGGAAAAAAAAAAGAUGUUAGGUUUCAGUGCUGGACACUGCCUUGUAUCUCCAUGUAUUGUUACUAACUCUGGGGUCUCAGUAGGACACUAGAUCACCACAUGACCUGCAGAGGGUCUGAAACUUCAUCACCAGUUUCAGAACUGCACUUGGCCAAUGUCCAGGUCUCGGUUCAGCUCUUUGUUCUCUCCAUAUCACUGCAAAUCACUGUGCAAAUGACAACGGUUUUGUUCUUUUUUGUUCCUCCCUCUUUCUGCCUCUCUCAUCCAUGCCAUUCCUAGCCCUCCCCCCAUCUCUCCAGUUCAUUCCCGUUGCAUCUGCUUCCCAAUCUCAUUGUUUCUGAUGCUUGGUACAGAUCUAAAAAAGAAAUCAACAAAACAAACUUUUCCUGGUUACAGUCCCAGGUAGCAUGACAACGUCCCAUUACUGCUCUUCCCAACCGUCCUGGGAAGGGUAGUCCAGAAGGGGUUAAGACCUACUCAGUUAUCCUUUCCAUGUGUCAGCUUUCCUUCACAGCUAGUCAGCAGAGACAAGUGGGAUUUAAACCUAUCCACAGCAAAUAAUGGAUGUGGCUACAUGGCCUGUACCACCCCUAGCCUGCAUGGUCUGCCUAAGCACUAAAAAUUUACCUCAUUCAUUUUUCAGGUCAAGGUUUUUGACUUCUCAGUACCCAUGUCUACAGCCGUUCUUAUUCUAUAUGUAAAUGUUUGUAAAAUGUGUAUAAACCCUUUUUAUAUAUACUGUGUAUAUAUUUAUAUGCUGUGCUGUAUCAAUGAAUGUGAUCUCUUUUCUA